GGCUUUGACGUGGAUUGAGCUUAACACAUUCAACGCUAUCUCGUCAUUGGUUACGUGGGUUACGUGUUAAGCUAAUAAAGAUCGAACAGUGGACUUCAGCCUCUCAGUUUAUCAGUAGUUGAAGCGAAGCUUGUUCGUUCUCAUUCGUUCUGUGAUCUACUCCUUGCAUUUACUUGAAAGUCGUGAAAAAUUCAUAUCUACUCUUGAUACAUUUUUUUACUCGCAAGUGUUUCCAUUCGCGUCCUGCAUUUAAAAUGGCUGAACCAAUAAAUGUCGUCGUCACCGGGGCUGCAGGUCAAAUUGCGUAUUCCUUGCUGUACCAAUUGGCAGCUGGUUCAGUUUUUGGACCCGAGCAGCCCAUUAACUUGAGACUCCUGGAUAUUCCACCAAUGAUGGAGGUACUUCAAGGCGUCGUUAUGGAGCUGGAUGAUCUGGCACUCAACCUUCUCAGGGAAGUAACGCCCACGGCUGACCCAGCAGUAGCAUUUAAAGAUGCAGCAGCAGCUUUCCUUGUUGGCGCAAUGCCAAGGAAACAGGGCAUGGAGCGCAAGGAUCUGUUAUCAGCUAAUGUGAAAAUCUUCAAAGUACAAGGAGAGGCACUGGAUAAAUUUGCACGAAAAGACGUCAAAGUAUUGGUUGUUGGCAAUCCGGCAAAUACCAAUGCUCUAAUUUGCUCGCACUAUGCGCCUUCAAUUCCAAAGGAAAACUUCACAGCUAUGACCCGGUUGGACCAAAACAGGGCCCAGGCUGCCCUAGCUGCUCGCUUGGCUGUACAGGUUGAUCGCGUCCAGAAUGUAAUUAUCUGGGGAAAUCACAGCUCCACCCAAUAUCCUGAUGCGCAUCAUGCUUUGGUUCACCUUCCAACUGGAGCGAAACCAGUUCCCGAAGCAGUUAAUGACGAUGCCUGGUUAAACGGAGAGUUUGUGGAGAAAAUCCAAAAACGCGGAGCAGCCGUUAUAGCUGCCCGGAAAAUGUCUUCAGCUAUGUCAGCUGCCAAGGCUGCCGGAGACCACAUGAGAGAUUGGUGGAUUGGUACACGGCCUGGAAAAUGGGUCAGCAUGGGUGUCGUAUCCGAUGGAAGCUACGGUAUUCCUAAGGACAUAGUGUUUUCAUUCCCAGUCACGAUUAAGGAUCAUCAGUUCAAGAUUGUUCAGGGUCUGCCAAUCAACGAAUUUGCAAGGGCCAAGUUGAAUGCAACAGCCAAGGAGCUGGAAGAAGAACGCGCUGAGGCCAACUCCGUUCUGGAGCAGUGACUAGACAGAGGGUCUACAAUUGCAACGAGAAGGAGAGAUCAAACACCGGCAAAGCUGUAAGCUUACUGUAGCAGGUUGCACUGAAAUUGUAUAAAGCAAAUC